CGUGUGUGUGACGAGAAGUGGGAACUGUGGGUGUGAUGUUGGACAGGAGGACUUUCCCCGAACACCGUCGCCGGUGUAUCACCUGUCUCGGUCGUCAAGCAGAGCCGCAAACGAUGAGAGCGAAGCUGCGAACGCGGUGCUGGAGCUGCAGUUAGCCCAUUUGCGGGAGUCGGGCGCGGCAGAGUCGAAUGCCGUGGCAGGCGGGAUGGGGUCUCGGAGUACGACUCCGAUUCCCGGCGUAUCGAGCCUGCACCAAUCUUCGGGACCCGCAGCGCCAGUGCCGAGGAUACCCACUCCCGAGAUUUCGCUUGCAGGGACCGUCCGUUCCGCGAGUCCGAGUUUGGCGAGGAUGGGCGGCGUAUCAGCACUUGGGGGAGGAAGCGUAUCUUUCUCGAGUUCGGACGGACGGGGAGUGGGGCUGGGUCGAGCCGCGAGUGCAAGCGCUGCGGACUUUGCCCAGAUGACAAUGCAGAUGAGCAGGUCGGUGAGUGCGAGCACGGCGGAUUUCGAGACAGCCUUCCAGGGGCUGAGUGUGUCGGAUAUGCAAGGAUUGGCGGCGGCGCGGGAGGAAAGAGGGGUGCAGCAGCAGCAGCAGCAGCUGCUGCAACAGGAGCAACAGCAGGCGCGGCUGCAGCAACAGCAACAGACGCAGCGGCAGCAGCAGCAGCAGCGGGCUCAAAUAGCUGCACAGGCACAGGCACAGGCACAAGCUCAAGCCGCGCAGGCAGCGCAGGCGUUGGCAUAUUCACAAGCUUUGCAGCAGCAGCUGUAUUCGGGCGUGGAGUCUGGGUACCGGGGUCAGCCGAAGUUUGGUGUGGGUGGGAUGGGAGGUCAACAAGGUGGUGCAGCGGGGCUCCAGGCGAACCUGGGGGCGAAUACGAAUCCAGCGGCAGCGAAUAUGUAUGCUGCGGCUGCAGCGGCGGCCAUGUACAUGGCACAGCAGAAUCCGUACUACCCAAGCAUGAACUCCGCGAGCGUUUACGGUCCACAGUAUGGGCUGGGUGGAUACCCUAUGAAUCCUGCAAUGCUGGCCCCGAUGAUGGCGGGGUACUCGCCCCCGGUGUUCGAUCCCGCAACCGCAGCUGCCCUUGCGAGCAUGGGCGUGAGAGCGGGCGUCCCCGGAUCUCCUGCGCAGGCAGCGGUGGACAUGCAGAAUCUGUACAAGUAUGCAGGCGGAGCAUCGCCGCAGAUGCACGAUCCGCUGUACUUGCAGUACAUGCGUGCGGCGGAGGAGGCCAGGGCAGCGGCGUUGGAUCCUGCGGCGCUGAGGAAUUACAUGGGAGGAGGUCCCGUGGACAUGGCGGAGGUUCAGAAGAACCAGCUGAAUGCGAUGCUGGGAGGGUACAGCGCGGAGCAGAAGUCGCAGUUUGGGAGGACGGGGUCGAUGGGGAUCCCGAUCGCGAGCCAGAAGAGCGGGUCGGUGAGCCCAGGGUACUAUGGCAGUCCUCCCGGAGUGGGGGUGAUGCCAUACAACAAUUCGCCUCUGGCGAGCCCGGUGCUUCCGGGGUCGCCAGUGGGGGCGGGGAGCUUUGCGGUGCGGCGCGACGAGCGCAGCCUGCGGCUGUCCGGGGCAUCGAGAACUAGUUCCGGGAACAUGGGGUCUGCGAGCGGGACGACGUACGGGGGGUGGCAAGGGCAGAAGACGAGCGAGACGCCGGAGGAGACACGGGGGUCGACGUUGCUGGAGGAGUUCAAGAACAGCAAGACGAGACGAUUCGAGCUGUCGGACAUUGCAGGCCACGUGGUGGAGUUCAGUGCCGAUCAGCACGGGAGUCGGUUCAUUCAGCAGAAGUUGGAGACGGCAAGCCCGGAGGACAAGAACAUGGUUUUCCAGGAGGUGCUUCCUCGGGCUCUGACGCUGAUGACGGACGUUUUCGGGAACUACGUGAUACAGAAGUUUUUUGAGCACGGCACUCAGCAGCAGAGGAGGGAGCUGGCGAGCCAGUUGGUGGAGCACGUUCUGACGCUGAGUCUGCAGAUGUACGGUUGCAGAGUGAUUCAGAAGGCGCUGGAGGUGGUGGACGUGGACCAACAGACGCAGCUGGUGUCGGAGUUGGAUGGGCACGUGAUGCGGUGUGUGCGGGACCAGAACGGGAACCACGUGAUCCAGAAAUGCAUCGAAUGCGUGCCACCCGCGAAGAUUCAUUUCAUCAUAUCUGCGUUUUACAACCAGGUGGUGACUUUGUCGACGCAUCCUUACGGAUGCCGGGUGAUUCAGAGAGUCCUGGAGCACUGCACGGACGAGCAGAAGCAGAAGGGGAUCAUGGAGGAGAUUUUACGUUCGACUUGUACUCUGGCCCAGGACCAGUAUGGCAACUAUGUGGUACAGCACGUGCUGGAGCAUGGGCGAGAUCACGAGCGAAGCGAGAUCAUCACAAAGCUUGCUGGGCAAAUAGUGCAAAUGAGCCAACACAAAUUUGCGUCAAACGUGGUGGAGAAGUGCUUACAUCACGGCGGACCAGUGGAGCGG